AUGGGUGCCAACAGACUCUUGGUGGUUUUAGCUUUAUGCGCGCUGGCGCUUGUCACGGCACAGACUUCCACCAACUCCACCGUUGCAAGAACGAGGGCGGGGACGAUAGAUUCGACGACGACGACGGAUACGACGUUAGAUUACGGAUGCGACGUUAGACACGACUACGGAUACGCCGUUGGAUUUAACCACAAACACGACGAAAGCGACGAGGACGACGGGAGCGACGGGAACGACUAG